UUCGUCACAUUGGUUCCGCCCACCUCCCGGUACAGUUAUAAUCCACGAUUCCGGUCCAGGCAUCGAUCGUGAAAUAUUUUGUGUGUGUGACAGUGACUGUGUAGACGUCUUGUGUUUCGCGCUAUUAAGCAGUAACAAUGGUGAAACAUAUCGAAAAUUUGGAGGAGUUUAAAGCUCUAUUGGAGGAAGCAAAGGAAUCUCUUGUUGUAGUUGAUUUCACAGCAGUUUGGUGUGGGCCAUGUAAAAGAAUUGCUCCUGUUUUUGAGGAGUUAAGUAAGAAGUAUUCUAAUGUUGUCUUCGUUAAAGUUGAUGUGGAUGAUGCAUCGGAUGUCGCUGAGUCUUGUGGAAUAAAGUCCAUGCCAACAUUUCAGUUCUAUAAAUCAGGGGCCAAGGUUCAUGAAUUUAGUGGGGCAAGUCCAGAAAUCCUGGAGAAAAAGAUUCAAGAGUUAAAAUGAAGCAAUGAUUCCAGCACAACCGUAUCUUAAAGACCAUACUCCGUUAGACUAUAUAAUUAUAUUUCCUUUUGUAAAAUUAAAAGCUUUAAAAUGUUUUAAUGCAUACUUUGCAUAUGUCUUUAAAAAUAAAUUAUUUAGUGCUUUGUAA